CCUACAUGCCUUCACUGUGGACAGACAUGUCGGGACAUUGUCCACUUGUUUCAUAUGGGAGAGAGAGAGAGAGAAAAAAAUGCACACACGAAUGAGAGGAGGAAAUUCUGGGAAACUUGGUUGCCUCACAAAGAGCACGUCAUUUCCUCCUAUGACAAAUGUGUGGUUUCAGUCUUUUUAAAAAGUUUUAGAGGAGUGUGAUUAUGACAAGUCCGCAGAAUUUGCCUGAUACCGAGAGGAGAAUGAAUGGUCAUGUGAAGAGUAUGAGUUUUCAACAGUUUAUGGAAUCUGCAACAACAUUACUCUCUCUCCUGCUGAUUAUGGCUGUUGAUUCAACAAAAACUGUGGCAGCAAGCAGAAACCAGCAGUGUGGGAAUGCUCUGCUACAGACUUUGAAGCUCACCAGACUCGUACGAAAGGAAUCUACCGACCUAAUCAAAACAUAUAAACUUUAUCAAGGAGAAAUGUCAGAUCUCUUCUGCGAGGGGUCAGUGAACAACAUCCCUGACCCCAGCAUCUCUGGGCUGGAUCCCUCCGAGAAGAUAGUGAGCAUCUACACCAAUCUCCAAAUGUUCAUCCCACACUUCAAGCGGGUGUACGAGCAGCAGACAGACUUACAGCUACCAACGAGCCCUCUGCUGACUGAGCUCACCAAUGUCAGUCUUCGCAGCAGGAACCUGGCUCUUCUCAUAAAGACAUUUUAUCAGAGCCUCUUCCCAAACCUGCCUGUUCCGGAGCCGGCGGGAGGACCGACGACGCUACCUCCGCCUCAGAACGUCUUCCAGCAGAAGGUCUACGGCUGUGUGGUCCUGAAGACCUACAAGAAGUUUCUGUUAGAUGUUUCCAAAGUACUGAACAAUAUAAAAGGUACAGUGUGCAGAAGGAGGAUCCAGAUGAAUGCACUCUUUUUCUGAACAUGAGACAGUCAGUUUCCAGCAGCAUUUGGGCUGAUAAAGACUUAAAAAUUGAAGUGUGUAUGAAGAUGGCUGGUACAUCAGUGUAAUGGAGCCUAUUUAUGGUAUUUAAUAUUUAUUUUCUCGUGUGUUUCUGGUGAGAGGAAUGCUGUUCAAAGAGUGUACAGAUGUCUCCAAGCAAGUUAUGUAUAUUUAAUUUGUGUUAUGUAAGGUUCUAAGUUGCAAACUUAUUUGAUGUACACAGAAUUCUAUAAAAAUCUAAUACUUUGCAGCUGUA